GCGUUUUCGACUGAGCAUUACAGGUCGUCUUCUACGAGACCUGCUUCGGAAGUCGUGAUAUACCGGCGUGGCGACCGGGCAGGCCGGUUCUCCUGCAGGGGUUCCUCCCCCGGCCUGCGUCAAGGCGGAACAUCACGAAUUGAAAUGCGCGCUGCCAGUGGCUCAGACUCGUUCGAGGUGAACGUCAAAGCGAUCGACGACGGCACUUCGUGUUCAGACGCUCGGAGAGCGAUGCACUCGGUGGAAGAUUUGUGAAAUCACAUCGAGCACCGUCUGUCGUCAGCGAGUGCCAUCGCAUCUGCGAGAGGAUGGGCGGAGACAUGCACGAAUUGGCACAAGCCGAAGAGCGACGUGUGCAGUACUCGCAAAAUGGCAAGUGUGCGAGCGCGGUUCCAGAGGCUCGUCCUGAAACGGCCGGAAUAGAGGAUUGGGUUCACGAGGCUUUCGUGCGAAUGAACUGGAUUCGGCCUCGAUAAACAAGCCUGCGUGCCGCGAUGGAUUUCCGGAGCGAGGUCGGUGACCACGUUCUCGAGUCCUGGAUGCGCUUUGAUGAGGGUUCGCCCAACUCUGCGACCUGCGUAAGCAUCGUCACAAGGUGUACGUCCACCCUUCCAUGACUCUGGUCCCUCGGACCCUUCCGAGGAGCUGGACGAACGACCAGAAUUUAGGUCGGAGUGGAUUUGGCAAGGCAGGCAGGCAGGAAGGAAGCACGCGGUACUGUACUCCUUUGAACAAGAGGCGAAUCUCGGAAACGAGGAUGAAAUCGGAUCCAUGUAAUGCACUUCACAGAGCUGUACAAGAUCGCACUCUAUUCUCAGCUGGAAAUCGUACCAUUUUAGCGAUAAUGUCAUCCGCUGUCGGUCAAUAUCAUGCCGACGAGAUCGGCAACGGACAAGCUCGUCCUCUGAGCGCUGGCAUACUGUCGAGACGACUUCUGAAGGUUUUGACAAUUCCCACAGACAAAGAAAGGGGCGCGUCAGACUUUUCAAGGAUUUGAAGGUUUGUAGGAUGAUUGGAGAUGUUCGGCGGCAUAAUUUAUCUCUCUCCGAAGAAUGAUGACUUACUUCCUUCACCACUGGUACUGAUUGAAUCUCGAGCACUAACGAGUAGAGUUCAGUGGACGAGUAACAUGUAAAGCGGGUGAGAGGUACAUUAUAGGAAUUGGGGUUUGACAGCAUGGCUUGGAAAAAGGACGAUCGAAUGAACACCAUCCCAUUCUCUACUGGGGACGGCUGCGGGCGGUUCCCAGCCUGUAGGACCUACACGGAAAGAGAAACAUGGACAGCAGACAUUCCGUGUCAAAGCGUUAGCGAUGAUCUUCGUCUCUCUGAUAUUCCUACAUGAAGCUCGUCAAGGGAAGACAACAUACGCUUCUGGACGAACCGAUCGUUGGCCCCAGCCACCAGCCAGCACACUAUGACUCUUCCCCAUCUGAAUUUCCCCCAGGGAUCCAAACCAACUGGUCCAUUCUGAGAAGAAUGCAACCAUGUGACGUCCACAACGGCUGGCAACGAUGAGCUCAUUCGGUGCAUCAGGUCUAUCAUUUGUUGUGGCCCUGAGAUGAAAUCUACUGCAGUACAGCCGUACACGAGAGACAUGUGUACGGCUGAAGGCUGAUCUGUGGCUCCCAUCGUGACAUAAUGGCCACCAUUAUCUUCUGGAUAGAUGGCAUGAAGGACAGAUUACAGGAGUGAAGAGGAUCUGGACUAACAGGCCACAGUGCCACACUCGAAGAUAUGAACGAAUCAAAGGUUCAUACCCUGGACCUGAUAUGGAUGUCACAUCAAGGCGAGUGUACAGUACGUGAGUGAUCGCAGUAUUUCGGGAGUUACGAUUCGGUGGCGUUCAGUGAGAUGUAGAGAUAGAGAGAGAAGCAGGUGACCAACAUUCUCUGUUACUACUUCUCGUAACUACCUGGCCUUUGCAUGCCAGGACUUCGAAACUUUUUUGGAAUUACUCAGACGAUUAAAACAUGCAACGUAGAAGCAGAGAUCAGCGGCGAAAAAUUUCUCGACUACCAAUAGGCUGUGCUCGAUUGUUGUGUUUCAUAACGUAUGGAAGCUGUAUAAGUUAAUGGACUAUGCAUGAGGAACAUGAAGAGAAUCGUACCUUUUACUUUGGACCAUAACAAUAAAAGUGGGUUAAAUUUAACAGCAAGGACCGACUGACAAAUCUGCAGACUGGUUUCAGCUGUCACCUCUAAAUCAAAGAUAGUCGAGGAGCCCUGCUUGCACGAUUCACCCUCAGCUUCACCAUCGCUUACCUGGUCCGCGUUCUGUGUACCAUGACACUUUUCCUGAGAAUGGUGGCCACGGUCAUUGACGAGUAUGCAUAGUUGGGAACAUCUUCAGCCAGGGAAAUUGGGUACGAAGUAAGAAGACAAUUUAGGCCUGCUGCUCCGAUGGCGAUCACGGGGAGGUAGAAGAGAUAGUGAUUACUGUGAAGUGGCCUUCCUUCAGCGUUAAUGCUCUAUGCCAGUAGUUAAGGUGCUGUACAUGUUUUAAUAUUUCCAGGAUCAACGGAUGAUUUAUCGUUGUUUGCAUCGCUUUUAAGCCGAGCUGGUCACCAGAUCGAGAUCCAAGAGUAUCCAAGUUUCCCAACGAAGUUACUCAAUUUUCUCAGCGAGGAUGAUUGGAAUCUUGAUCAUUUCUUUCUAAAAUAUUCGAGUUCUUCACCUUGUGCAGUGGGCCCAGUUCCAUGACUGAUAAUUGUGCAACUAUGAGACUUAGUACUUCAAACAAAGUAUGAAAGAGGAAGCAAUGAGCAAGUUCUCAGAGAAGGC